GCCUUCGGGCAGCCUUGCUCCGAGACCUUCUGACCGUGUGUUUGGUUUUCAGGGCCGCCCUGGCCUCUGCCCACCAGUGCCACCCCCUUCCUCAGACCCUCAGCGUGCUGAAGAGCACCCCUCAGGUGAGGGGCAUGCACACCAUCAUCAGAAACAAGGAGACCAGCAGAGACGAGUUCAUUUUCUACUCCAAGAGGCUGAUGCGGUUGCUGAUUGAGCACGCCCUCUCCUUGCUCCCAUUCCAGAGUUGCACAGUCCAGACCCCUCAGGGACAGGACUACGAAGGGAGGACGUACAGCGGGAAGCAAAUCACCGGUGUGUCCAUCCUGCGAGCAGGCGAGACCAUGGAGCCGGCGCUGCGAGCGGUGUGCAAGGACGUCCGCAUCGGGACCAUCCUCAUCAUCCAGACCAACUGCAACACUGGCGAGCCGGAGCUCCACUACCUGCGGCUGCCGAAGGACAUCAGCGAAGACCACGUCAUCCUGAUGGACUGCACGGUCUCCACGGGCGCAGCAGCCAUGAUGGCAGUGCGGGUGCUGCUGGAUCAUGAUGUCCCAGAAGACAAGAUCUUCCUCCUCUCCCUGCUUAUGGCGGAGAUGGGCGUCCACUCAGUCGCCUACGCUUUCCCCCGCGUGAAGAUCAUCACCACGGCUGUGGACAAGAAGGUGAAUGAUCUCUUCCGGAUAAUCCCUGGCAUCGGGAACUUCGGCGAUCGGUACUUCGGGACGGAUGCUCCUCCUGACUGGAGCGACGAUGAAGAUGCUCUUAGCACUUAGCUGGAUGUGGGUAUGCCACUGGCAACAGGCAGCUUCAGCACCGCACCUUAACCCCUCUGUCCAUCGCAGAUUUCUCCUUCCUCCUCACCAAGCAUAGAUAUUUUUUUCAAAUCUUACAUUGGAGAUCUAAGGCAUAUUUUUUCAAAGAAACACAAAUCCUAGUUUGACUUUGUGGACAGUCGCGUGUCCCAGCAUAGAGCGGAGUUAAUUUAUUUUAAUUUAAAUAUUUGCCUAUAUAACUUAUUGGAGAUAUUUUAUAAAGGAAAAUAAUAAAUUUUUUCUCUGGUUUUCUUGAA